UCUAAAUGGAUUUUUGUGUAUGUGUCAAGAAAAAACGUCAAUUAAUAUCUGUAAAUAAUUUUUAAAUUGAAAUUAAAUUUUAAAAUAUGAGCGUGGAAAAGGAUAACGAAAAGGAACAUGUUCUAUCAAAAAGACUGAAUAAAAUUAUACAAGCUAGAAUAGAAAAUGACGAAGAAACUGUUAAUGCUUUUAAACAGUUAUCAACUUUCUAUACAGAAAACAGUUUGCAAGCUCGUAGAAACUUAAGAAGUCAAAUAGAAAAAAGAAGUUUGGAUGUGAACAAACAAUUCUUGAGAUCAUUCCAAGAAGUAAAGCAUGCCUUUGAUUCAAUUUACAAUGAUAUUGCAGACAUGAGUAAGUCCAUACAGGAUAUGGAAAGUAGGUUACAAAGUACAAAAUCCAGAACUAAGCAUUUGCUGCAACAAACUAGUGUGCUGCAAAAUGAAAGAGAAAGAAGCAUCAACCAACAGAAGAUUGUCAAUGUUCUCCUAGAAAGAUUUCAACUAUCUUCAGAACAACUCUAUAUUAUUCAAGGAAAUAAGGAGUUUUUGUUAACUCCUGAAAUAUUUAAUGUACUAGAUAAGAUUCAAGAUAUUCGUAAUGAUUGUAAAAUACUGAUGCAGUCUGGUCUUCAAACUUUGGCUUUGGAUAUUAUGGAGCAAAUGACCACAUAUCAGGAGGCAGGUUUGGAAAAAUUAUAUAGAUGGACCCAAAGUCACUGUAGAAAUGUUGAAAACCCUGAAUUGACAGAUCUAGUUACUCAAUCAAUGGCAAGGCUUCAACACAGACAAGUUUUGUUUAAAUAUGUAAUAGAUGAAUACUGCAUAUGUCGCAGAAGCAAGAUAACCGAUGAUUUUAUCAACGCUCUAACACGAGGCGGACCAUCUGGCAAUCCUGCACCUAUAGAAAUGAGAGCUCACGAUUCUCAGAUCUAUGUCACAGACAUGCUGGUUUGGUUGAACAAAGCGAUUGCUUUGGAAAAGCAGAAUGUUAGUUUAUUGUUGAAAUUGUGCAAUAAAGUAGAGCUGGAUAACAUUAUUACUGAUUCCUUGGCAGUGAUUUGUGAAGGAAUUUGUCAACCUCUCAAAAUGAGAGUCGACAAAAUACUUAACGUUCCCUCCCAAGCUUCUGUACUUUAUUCCGUUGUAAAUUUACUCCGCUAUUAUCGGAAAUGCAUUUGUAAAUUAGUUAAUAAAGGUGUCGUUCAAGAAACAUUGACGGGACUUCAAGAACAUUCAGAAAAGUGUUUCUUAGCUACUUUACAAAAGCAAGUGGAUAGCAAAUUGGUGAGAGUAGAAGCCCCUCCGAGAGAUUUGUCUCCUACAACUGCCAUUACAAACCUACUGGCGUUGCUAAGAGAUAUUUUGUCAACUGCCAAUAUGAGCGAAGGUCGAGAAACUGACAUGGUCAAGAUUGCUCAAACAGUGAUGGACCCUCUUCUGAGGGCUGUAAACGAGCAAGCAUCUCGCCUACCUCCAACAGAUAUGGCUGUCUACAUGUUAAACUGUAUGUACGAAAUGUACACCUGUCUAUCUCUUUACGAGUUUAUGGACGACAGACUGGAACGCCUUCAAGCACAAUCUGACGCACAAAUUGACACUUUGACAUCGGAACAAGCAGGAUCGCUUGUAGCUAAUUUGAAUUUGGGACCUAUAUACACCAUUUUACAAGAUCAAAGCCAUGGAGCAUUAUCAGAAGUGCCGGGUAUGGAACCUAGUAAUCUGAAAAAUUUUCUGGAUAAAAUGGAUUAUCUCGGAACCCAUCCCGAUACAGCUCUAUUACCUCAGGUACAUUUGUUGACGUCGUCCAAGCACAAAAAGUCUGUACAGAAACGAUCGUUUGACGUUAUCUUGGCAAUAUAUAAACAGUUGUACCAAGCUGUUUUGGAUCCAGUGAAUAAAUACGAAAAUCCGCAAUCGAUAUUCCACAAAAGUCCAGAAGAGCUAGAAAGUGUUUUAUUAUAGAGAUGUUUUUGUAAUAUUUUUAUUGAUUGUUAAAAUAAACAUACCAUAA